AUGGAGCUGAAGGACGGUGUUGCUGAGAUGGGGAGAGCAGAAUAUUCUCUUCUCACAGUCAUGGCCUAUGACCGCUACAUUGCCGUUUGCAAACCACUGCACUAUGGGACCCUCAUGGGCAGCAGAGCUUGUGUCAGAAUGGCAGCAGCUGCCUGGGCCAGUGGCUUGCUCUAUGCUGUGCUGCACACUGCUAACACCUUUUCAAUACCACUCUGCCAAGGCAACACAGUGGAGCAGUUCUUCUGUGAGAUCCCCCAGCUCCUCAAGCUCUCCUGCUCAGACUCCUACCUCAGGGAACUUGGGGUUCUUGUGGUUAGUGCGUGUUUAAUGUUUGGGUGUUUCAUUUUCAUUGUGCUGUCCUACGUGCAGAUCUUCACUGCUGUGCUGAGGAUCCCCUCUGAGCAGGGCCGCCACAAAGCCUUUUCCAUGUGCCUCCCACACCUGGCCGUGGUCUCCCUGUUUCUCAGCACUCUCACAUUUGCCUACCUGAAGCCCCCCUCCCUCUCCUCCCCAGCUGUGGAUCUGGUGGUGGCUGUUCUGUACUCGGUGGUGCCUCCAGCAGUGAACCCCCUCAUCUACAGCAUGAGGAACAAGGAGCUCAAGGAUGCCCUGAGGAAAAUUAUUCAGCUGGUACAAUGUCAGCAUCAAUAG